UUUACGUGCCAACAACGAGCUUCUUCAGAUAUUGUAAACUUCCUGGCCCUUCCCAGGGUAAACUUUAGAGGAAGUGCUAUUAAACCACGUACGUAGAAUCAUUAUGGAUUUAGGGUUCUGCAUUAGUGUUUCCUUAAUAUUUUUCAGUACAGUUUUAUUUUUAAUUGUUCGAAAGAAUACAUCUGGACCAAAACAAUUUCUUCCUCCAGGACCUCGACCUUUGCCACUGCUGGGUAAUUUAUUGCACUUAAAAGGAGAAAUAUUGGUGAAUGCUUUUCGAAAGCUUGCUGACAAAUAUGGACAGGUAUUCACAUUGCAUUUAGGACCUAGGCGGGUGGUGGUAAUAUGUGGAUCCAACAAUGUGAAGAAAGCCCUUGUGGAUCAAGCUGAGGACUUUGCUGCAAGACCUGUCUUUGCAAUUACAGAUAGGACCAGUAAGGGAUAUGGAAUUGCUUUCACUAAUGGAAAGAGAUGGAAGGAGCUUCGACGCUUUUCCCUCAUGACGUUGAGGAAUUUUGGAAUGGGAAAGAGGAGUAUUGAAGAGCGCAUCCAGGAGGAAAUUAGUUUCCUGGUCGAAGAAAUUAAGAAAACAAAAGAGAUGCCCUUCAAUCCUGGAUUUUUCUUAAAGCGGUCUGUGUCAAACAUCAUUUGCUCAAUUAUGUUUGGGAAACGCUACGAAUACAAUGAUGAAGAUUUUCACAAAUUACUUGAUCUACUCAAUGAAAACCUGCGCCUUGUGGAAAGUUUUUGGGUUCAGAUGUACGGUCUUUUUCCUAGUGUUGUGAAGUACCUCUGGGGAUCCCACAAUCUACUGUUUGAAAACUAUACAAAACAGAAACAGUUUGUGGCAAAAAUUGUAGAAGAUCACGAAAAGUCAUUUGACCCAUCAUCCCCUAGGGACUACAUUGAUGCCUUUUUAAUCAAAAUACUAGAGGAUAAAGGAAACCUAAAUUCAGAAUUUCAUCAUGAAAACCUGGUAGUAACAGCACUUGACAUAUUUUUUGCUGGAACUGAGACAACAAGUGCGACAUUACAAUAUGGGCUCCUACUUCUCUUAAAAUUCCCUCAUGUUGAAAAAAAAAUUAUUGAAGAGAUUCUGCAAGUGAUCGGCCCAAAUUGCAGCCCUCGUAUGGAGCACAGAAGCCAGAUGCCCUACACAGAAGCUGUGAUACAUGAGAUUCAGCGAUUCAUUGAUAUUUCCCCGAUUGGCGUUCCAAGAGCUACAACACGAGACACAAAAUUCAAUGAAUACAAUAUUCCUAAGGACACCUUUAUUUUUCCUGUCUUGAAUUCUGUUCACUUCGAUCCAACACAGUAUAAGGACCCAGAGAACUUCAAUCCCAAUCAUUUUCUGGAUGUAAACGGACAUUUUAAAAGGAAUGAUGCUUUCAUGCCAUUCUCUGCAGGAAAACGAAUCUGCAUUGGAGAAGGCCUAGCUCGAAUGGAGUUGUUUUUAUUCCUUACCACCAUUCUACAAAAUUUCUCAAUUAAAGCUCUCACUGACGUCAAAGAAAUUGAUAUCUCACCGGAGUACAGUGGGUUUGGCAAAAUGCCCCCUUAUUAUGAGCUCUGCCUUCUACCUCGCUCUACCUAAGCAUUGAACUGCAGGAUUUCUGAGGAACAGUACACCACUAUCGUGGAUAAUUAAUUUCAUGAUGCGUUCAAAUUCAAAGUAGUGGACACGACUUAUCACCUUACUGUAAAAAUAAAAAUAAUGUUAAAAAAAAGAGGGAGGGGAAAUUCAAACUAUACAUUUUAUAUCUUAUCAUUAAUAUUUACAGCAGUAAUUUGUUGCUUCCGUUAUUUUUAAUUAAGAGAAUAAAACUGUGCAUCUGCCCAGGCAGACGUUUAUGAGGAGAAUUCUUGGAGACUAACAAAUGGUCAGUAAUGUAUUUUAGAUCACCACUGUACUUUGCAGUUGUGCAGGUUUACUGCUACUUUAUUUGUCCUCAGAUAAUGUGUCAUUUAGACUUUAAAAUGAAAAAAUACAGAUCAGUUGUAAUAUGAAUUCAUUCUUUACAGUUACAUUCUAACUUGCAAAAAGGUUUAUGGUUAUAUCUGUAGUGCUACAAACACAAAACCUUUGAAGGAAUCAGCAAAAGUAAGGAGCAAGUAUGAUAUAACUGUUUUCUCCAGUUUCUUUGUAAUGAUGCUGUAUGUCACUUUAUUUUUAGCCAUGAAAAUGAACAGAUAAAAUCGACUUCUUGUAGCAACAAAAA